AUGAGAACCAGUCAAACUACUGACCUGAAACUGCAAGACGAUAACCAGGAGCUCAGGGAGCUCUGCUGCUUUCUCGAUGAUGAUCGGCAGAAAGGUAAGAAGCUGUCUCGGGAAUGGCAGAGGUUUGGGAGGUAUACGGCCAGCUCCGUGUGGAAGGAGGUGAGCACCUAUCAGCAGAAACUCAAGGAGCUGGAAGGCAACCAGGAAAACGUCCUCCGGGAGAAUGCAGAACUAAAGGAGAUCAUUCUCAUGUUGGAUGAAGAUAGGAAUGGCGCAGGAUCUAGGAGCUCUAUAGACAGCCAGUCUAGUCUGAGCAACCUGAAUGGAGGUUCGAGCAUUGUCAGAGAUGUUGGCGAUGGGAGCAGUACCUCCAGCGGUGGAAGUGCUGGCAGCCCAGACCAUCAUCAUAAUCAUAUACACAAGACUGUAGAAACUAAGAUUGGCUCCAUAAGACGCUCUAUGGAUGAUCUCUCCGCUCCACAUCAUCACAGGAGCAUCCCCAAUAGACUCAAUGAUGCAUCCUCAAACUACAUUCGCCAGCUAGAAACCAAGGUCCGGAUUCUAGAGGACAAUAACAACAAACUGCUGUCACAACCCUGUAGCCGUUAUAGCUUAUCAAAGCUGUCCAUGAAGUGUAAUCUGGGAGACCUGCAAGUCCUGCGGAAGGGCAUGACCCUCUACCACUCAGAAUCACAGCUGUCUUCACUCCCCCAGAGGCAGGAGGCCCUACUGAAUGGGUCUGGAAGGCUACAGACCAGUGAGUCGUCUCCUUCCACCGGGUUUGUCUCAUCUGUACAGAAACCUGAAGCUGUGGUUCGUGCCAUGAAGGUUCUGGAGGUCCACGAUAAUCUGGACAAGCAGCUUCCAGAAGAAAUUGAAGAAGACCUGAGUGAGAAAGAGAAAGCCAUAGUGCGAGAGAUGUGCAAUGUGGUGUGGCGAAAGCUCGGUGACACGGCAGGAUCAAAGCAUUCCAUCCGACGGCAGCUCUCUGGGAAUCAGUUCAAAGGUCCUCUAUAGCAGCUCUAACACAUGAGGAACAUCUCUCCUUCUGUUCAGCCGCCAUGAAACUCCAGCAGGGCCAAACUGAGAAACUGCUCACUGCAACAGCGGGCAAACACAAGCGCUUCCAUCCACUACCAUCAUCCAUGUCAAAUAAUUUGGAGUCCAACUAUUGCCAUUGGAUAUUGGACCACUACACACCAGUUUACAGAUUUAGUGAAUCAGUGAACAUGUAAAGCAAUAAUCCACAUUGAAAUUACAUUGUUUGACUAUUAAUUAUAAUUUUUCUUUGUUGCUGAAAUGGAUCUCAUAUUAAUUUACGGCCUUGGCCCAAAUGAUGCAUCUUUGAUGAGCUCUUUUACCAAUUCUGGACUACGCAGUUGACAAUUACUCUACGGUCAAUGUAGAUUCAGAAAAGAAACUGGACCCAUGAAGUGUUUACGACUGGCAGCUAGUCAUGUUCAGUCAGCUUGCGUCUUCUUUUUUACCUCAUAUUUUUGUUUUUGUUUAACAGUGAUGUCAGAAAACUCAUUAUUGUUUCCUUACACCCUUUUAGACAAAGUUAUGUUGAUCAAACUGUGGUUUACUCCUUUCAGAGCGAUACCAGAUAAGGCUUACUCUCUCCACUGUGUUCUGGUACCCUUCCUGUGCAAGUAAUGUACAGAAAUGACUCUGAAAGACGAUGUAAAAUAUGUACAAGUCACUUUAUUAUGUUGUCUUUUUAAGUGUUUUGACUUUUUCUAGUAGCUGUUUUUAAUACGUACCAACUUGACAGUGUAUGGGGUUUCUUAACAGCGCAACACUUUUUGGACAAUGCACCUCAAGACACAAAAGCAGCACAAAACAUGCUGAAUCUGAUUUUUCCCUGUUCCUGUAUGAAAAAAAAUUAGCGGUCACAACUGAAAUCCAUUGUUUUUGUAUAUUUAAGAUGUCAAAUUUUAAAACGGUGUGCUGUGCAUGCUAGACAAUCACAACUCUCAGGUCUUGGGAAAUUACAAGUAUACAUCAUAACAUGUCUGAAACAGUAGUUUUGUCCUUUUCCAGCCUUUUUAAGUCCUUUAUUGACCCGUUAACAGUCAAGACUAAUGCACUGGCAGAAAUAAUUGUGCUAAUUUAAUGUUUUAAAGAU